UUCUGCCCCACAGGUGAGGGUGUGUGUCGAGAGUCCGUGACGCUGUUGACAUAACACGCGGGUGUCCUCAUAUUACCGUCGUAGCAUCACAACCUGCUCACACACUCUGCACUGACUCCUCGGGACUUCUGCACUAAAGACACAACCGUGGAGUAAGACUGGCAGUGGAUUUCCGAUUGGACCCUGUAAUUUCUUCAGACGUUUAUAGGACACCAUUUCGGUCAUGAUUAGAGUUUUUUCGUUGAUUUCUGUUUUGUCGGUGUUGGCGGCGCUGGCGAUUCUUGCCGAUGUGGUAAAGGGUAAUUUCCCAGACCAACUUGUGAGAAAUAAAAGAGAAUGGAUCAUUCCUCCAACCAAACUCUUGGAAAACAAAGACUACAGCACAGAAAAGUAUAUUGCCAAGAUUCGAUCAGACAACCAAUACACCAUUGGGGAUGUACGGUACUCUCUGCAUGGAGUGGGGGCUGACCAGUAUCCCUACAACGUGUUUUUUGUAGACGAAAACACUGGAUUUGUGAAGAUGACGCGUUCUCUAGACCGAGAGAUUUUCCAUCAGUACAAUCUAUCCGGCAUGGCAACAUGGAAAAAUGGCACGAAGGCAGAGUCUGAAAUCGAUCUCAGGGUUGUCGUACUGGAUGAAAACGACUGCACGCCCGUUUUUCCUAAAAGCCAAGAUGGGUCGGUCUCUGAACUCAGCCAACCAGGUACAUUCGUAAUGCAAAUAAAAGCAACGGACGAUGAUGAGGCUAAUAAUCCAAACUCUCAGAUCCGUUACAGCAUAAUAGCGCAAGACCCACCAGGAGACAUGUUUUACAUUGAUGACCAAGGACAGCUCCUAGUCAAAGAGUCCACCCUUGACAGAGAGCAUCAAGACACUUACACCCUGAAGGUGCUUGGAAAGGACUUGAACGGUGCAGCAGGAGGGAAUGAGGGAACAGGAACCAUCGUAAUAAAGAUCAAGGAUGUGAAUGACAACGUCCCGACUCUGGAGAAAGAAGAGUACUCUGGUAGCAUUAAGGAAAACACAAAAGGCGUGGAGGUUAUGAGAAUAAAAGCACAGGACCUGGACAUUGAAAAUACUGAAAACUGGGAAGCUGUGUUCGAUAUUGUCAAAGGCAACGAGGCUGGCUACUUCAGCAUCAAAACAGAUCCUAUAACCAACGAGGGUAUCCUCAUGCUUGACAAGGCUGUGGACUUCGAGGACGUAAAGGAUAUUCAACUAGGAUUGGCUGUGAAAAACAAAGCCGAGAUGUUCGGCGGUGGUGGUGGGUCAGGUGCUGGAGUGGGUUCAGGCGGGGGUGGAGGCACGGGUGGGGGCGGGGGUGGAGGCACGGGUGGAGGCGGGGGUGGAGGCACGGGUGGAGGCACGGGUGGAGGUGGAGGUGCUGGAGGAGGAACUAGUGGAGGAGGAGGAACAGGUGGAACAGGAGGCACCAGUGGAACUACCUCCACCAAGUCCUACCCAAUAAAGAUCAAUGUUUUGAACGAACCCGAGGGACCACGUUUCGACCCUCAAGUCAAAGCCAUUCCCAUCUCUGAGGGCGGAAGCACUUUUAACCUUAACGAUGUCGUCGGCAAAUACCCAGCGAUAGAUGGAGAUACCGGAAAAGAGGCUGAGAAUGUCAGAUACGCAAAAGGACUUGACCCUGGCAACUGGCUAACUAUUGACCCAUUGACAUCAGAGAUUAGACUCAACAAGAUGCCCGACAGAGAGUCUAAGUAUCUGCAGAACGGGACAUACUACGCCAAAGUGCUCUGCAUUACAGAAGAUAUGCCCUCAGUAACAGCCACGGGAACCAUAGCAAUCCAGGUGGAGGACUUCAACGAUCACUGCCCCAAGCUGACAAGCAAUGUAGAGAGCAUGUGCACCACCGCUGAUGCCGUCACUGUGUCUGCCGUGGACGAGGACGCAGACCCUAACUCGGCUCCUUUCACCUUCUUAAUCCUCCCAGAGGGGACCAAGGGCAAGUGGGUUGCUGAGCAUUUAAAUGGAACCUCAGCUAUCCUGAGGUCUCAGGAGACCAUGUGGCCGGGCUCCUACGAGGUGUACGUGGAGGUACAAGACCAGCAGGGCGAGGUGUGCCCCGAGCGGCAGAAGGUGAAGGUGGAGGUGUGCACCUGUGAGGAUGGGAAGACAUGCGGCCCACUAGGCCUUGGCGGUCAAGUCGGCAAAUCGUCAGUGCUGGGGCCGGCGGCCAUCGGCCUGAUCUUUUUGGGAUUGCUCAUGCUGCUGCUCAUGGCUCUGUUACUGCUGUUCUGCCACUGUGGAGGCCCAGGGACUUUCCCAGGGGGCUUUGCCGAGAUGCCCUUUGACACCAAACCAAACCUCAUGACAUACCACACAGAGGGACAGGGCGAAAACACGGAAGUCCCGUUGCUCAAUAUGCCAACACAUAUGGAUACUGAGGUUACCAAAAUGGCUGGGAUGGGAACCCAGCAGCCGCCACCUGAUUUCAUGAUGGGAGGGAAGUUCCAACAAUCCACUUCCUCCAUGGGAGGUGUGCUCUACCAAGACGGCAAUUCCGUAUCAGGCGGCUACGGAAAUUCGACGUUGAGAAGAGUUGAGAACGGCUACUACUCCGAGUUUGACGGGAGGGAAAGCGCUGCAGCGGUAGAGAAGUUCAGUGGAUUCGCUUUACCAGAGAGCUAUCUAGGAAACUAUUAUACACAGAAGGCAAGCUUUGCACCAGAAAACCAAGCUGUGAAGGACAGCCUGCUUGUGUACGACUAUGAGGGCCAGGACUCCCCUGUUGGGUCCAUUGGCUGCUGCAGUCUCCUGGAAGCUGACAAUGACCUGCAGUUCCUGGACAACUUGGGACCCAAGUUUAAAACCCUUGCCGAGGUGUGCGGUGGCAAGGAGGAGACAACUGAAGUCAAACCAGUGCUCCGCACUCCUCUGAACACGAUGACCACUCCAAGAACCAUUGACACCACGGCCACACUGAGAAGUACCAUCUCUACUCAGCAGCAGCCUCAACCCCAACCCCAACCCAAACCUCAACCAUUGCCCCCACCCCAGCCCCAGACGAUUACUCAGAACACAGAACACAGAGCGGUCCGGAACACAACCCACAAAUCAAAAACCGUGUUGGAAGGUGUAAACUCAGUGGGAGGAGGCAUGGCCGGCCAAGGCCAGACGCUUCUGAUGCAACAGCCACCUGUCUACUACACCACCGCACCUGUAAUGCAGCCAAUGCAUUACAUAAUGCAGCCGCAAAUGCAAAACACCAUGUACCUAGCAAACAGCCCAGCGACCACCAACAUGCAGGGAAUGAUGUUGGUGAAUGGAGGCGCCCCCGGAGCUACUCAGGGGCUGAUAAUGCAGGGCCAGAGUGUGGGCCAAGGUGGCGGUGCUGUGAUCCAGACAGGCCCCCUUCCCCAGGGCAUGAUGGUGGUAGAGGGCCAGGUCCCUGCGGGCUCCCAGCAAUUGCUUCAGGGGCAAACAUACCUGGUCCAAGGUGGUACACUCAAACAUGGUCUGUCGGCUUCCCAAAGCAGGUUGGUGGUGGAGGGGCAGAACAUGACCCCCGUUGGCCAGGGGAUUCGCAUAGAAGGGGGCGGUGGUGCCAUCCAAACAGGAAGCCUGCCCCAUGGCGUGAUAGUGGUUGAAGGGCACGGCGGCUCCCAGCAGAUGCUCCAGGGUCAUGGACAGACGUACGUGGUUCAGGGUGGUUCACGCCAAGGGGGUCUGUCUACCGUUGGCCAAAGCAGGAUGGUGGUGGAGGGGCAGAACAUCGGUGAAGGGUCACUGGUCCACAACAACGGCACGGCCUUCGAUCCCUUGCUACAGAUGGGUUCUAUCAAAUCCGUUGUGCACAAAAAAAGAGUGGUUACUACUGAGAAAAUAACUCAGUAAAAAGUGGGAUGCUAUCGUGAGUCAAUCGUGAUGUUGGAACAUUAUUAAGUAUUCUGGCAAGUUUAAAGUAUUCUGGCAAGUUCAGGCAAGAUAAGUUCUCGUUUUUUAUAAGAUUUUCAGAGGUUGCAAUAAAACUUGGCAUGUUUCUUUAAUUGGUUGAGGGCAAGUUACAGCAUAUUUUUGUUGAAAUAUUUAUCAUGCACGCAGAGCUAAUUCUUGGUAUAUGUGGGUAGAUAAUCAUUUAAUAUGUCACAUGUCUAUAAUAAAUAUAGACAUAUUUUUUAUGCUUUAAUCUUUUUAGACAAGGUAAACAUGUACUAUGCAAUGCAUGUGAGUCGUUCGUCUGACUUUUUUGUAUUCGUAUCCAAGGAUUUUAAUGGAGAGCAUUUCUUAACCAAACCAAUGCCUUGCAUUGUAAAAAAUAGUAGCUCCUGCGUUUUAUAAUGUCUUUGUACACAUUGAAACAUGUUGUAUUUCAUUCAUGAACUGAAAGGUGUAUUUUAAUACCCAAAACAACUGUAAUGUAAAAUGCAGAUCGAGCUCUUGAGCUAUGUUGCCUCAUCAUAAAUUGUAUAAUAGUCAUUUCCAAAGCCAUCAACAAUCAGAUUAGAAUAAGCAGUUCAAUAAUGGGAAUAACAUUCCGGAACAGACGCCACACAUUAUCCAGCCAAUGUGUGCAACAGGCAGUUAUUUAUAAAUGUAUUUAACUGUCAAUUCCAGUUUUGAAUCGUUACUCAGCAAAUGAUGUUUACUGUAUGCAUAUUAUUAUUUUAAGAAUAUUUUAUACAUGUACAUUAGUCUAUGCUGAACUGGGAAAUGUUAACAGCAUGAUGCCUUUUUUUGUAGAUCAUUUCUCUAGUUUGCAGCAAGCAAACUAAAAGGUACAUAUACAGCUCUGUUACAAAACAUUUUUUUUCAGCACUAAAAAGCUUCAGUAAUUUUUCGAAUUUUGCCAAAUUGCAAUAAAAGAUAAUCAAACUACA